AUGUUUAAGGCGAGUCUUGCCAGAGCCAGCCUGGAGGAGAAAGCUCAAGCCUUUCAGGAGCGACAGCUUAAAUUUCGCAGCUUCAUUCUAGAGAAUCUUCAAAAAUUGCGCAGACAACAUGCCUCUUAUCUUGAGCACAAAAGAAGGCUGGUCCACUACAGUUUGGAACUGAAAGAUCUUUUGAUAAAUAUCGAACACUAUACUGCUCGGUAA